ACGUGGCAUGACGUUUCGUUGUGAUUGACAAUAAAGUUCACUCUCAUCGCACCAUUUUUCUGACAAACCGGCUACAGAAUUCAACUGAAUUUAGAAAUGGCAGACAAGUCGAACGAGAAUGCAUAUUCAACUAGAAACAACGAGUAUUUGACGAGGAAGGAUCCUGAGCAGCCGAGUGUAUCGAAUAUGAUAAGUUCGCCUACUUACACGGAGGAGAUCCAGCGCAUCGAUGAGGAAAUACAGGACAUGGAGAGGCUGAUUGCCCAAAAGGAGAAGGAAUGUGAAAUACUGUACCUAUUUCAGCUCAUGCAUGUAAUCCGAGGAGUACUAAGCCAAAAUCAACAUUUGCAGGACAUCUAGUAUAUGCGAUUACUGUUAACUUAUUCCCAAAUAAUAAUAAAAAAAAAUAAUU